AUGAUGAAUGUAUUGACAGAACGACAGGCAGCCGAAUUACACAAAGCUAUGAUAGGCUAUCUGUCGUCCAUCAAUGCAUCACAAUGCGCCAAAAUAUUACGAGAAGAGCUACAUCUGAAAGAUUGCUUCUCAGACGACGCAGUCAAGAUGUAUGCGGGGCUACUGCAGCGAAAAUGGACCAACGCUGCACGACUGCAGCGGAAGAUCAUGGAACUGGAGUCAAGAGUAGAUGACCUACAAUCCAAGCUAUCUUCUCUUUCCCAGGCCUUAGCACGACCAAAUUGUGAUCCACAUAAUUGGCUUCCCAAUACCGCAACCCAUACCCUGGAGUCUCACAGGGGAGCCGUAACAUGCAUCGCGUUUCACCCAGUAUACUCUGCGCUAGCUUCUGGCUCGGAAGACUGCACCAUCAAGAUAUGGGAUUGGGAGUUUGGUGGUCUGGAGAGAACACUUAAGGGCCAUUUGCGAAGUGUGACAGGUGUUGACUUUGGCGGCCCAAAGGGCAAAAUACUGCUUGCAUCGUCCUCAAACGACCUCACAAUUAAGAUCUGGGAUCCAAGUAAAAACUACGCCAACAUUCGAACCAUUUCCGGCCACGAUCAUACCAUCUCCUCUGUACGGUUUUUGCGACCGGGUGCAAAUAUACUUGUUUCGGCCAGUCGGGACGCAUCUAUUCGAAUAUGGGAUGCAUCGACAGGAUUCUGCACUAGGACGAUACACUCGCCUGGUGACUGGAUCUAUAGCUUUUCCCCUUCCAUUGAUGGAAAGUGGCUUGUCUCCGGUGGCCGCGACCAAGCGGCGACAAUUUGGGACCUUACAUCCGGUGAAGCGAAGUCUUCUCUACUGGGCCACGAUAAUUAUAUCGAAUGCUGCGUCUUUGCUCCGGCCGCCAGUUAUCCAUACUUGGCAAAAUUAGCGGGGUUGAAAGGCCCUCCACCUCCCAACAGCUCGGCGGAAUUUGUUGCUACAGGCGGAAGGGACAAGUCCAUUAAACUCUGGGAUUGGAGAGGGAGGUUGAUCAAAACCUUGGUUGGCCAUAACAACUGGGUCCAAGGGUUGGUGUUUCACCCUGGAGGGAAAUAUCUGCUCAGUGUGAGUGACGACCAAACUAUUCGCUGCUGGGAUCUCUCGGAGAAUGGGAGGUUGGCAAGGACCAUUGAGAUACCUGGGGGUUUUGUGAGCUGUAUUCGGUGGGCCCCCAGCGCGAUGGGAAAUUCAGAAGCCGAGCAGAGACCCGGCACCGCAGCUGAAUUGCGGUGCGUGAUUGGCACGGGAAGCACAGACUCCUGUGUACGAAUAUUCACAUGA